AUGGAUCUGCAGACCAUUGAUGAAGUCAUUGCACCAUUCAAGCUCGAGAUCAAGUCUCACGGCGAACGACGCCGCGAGAUCAGCCUAAACGCAGACUCAGUCGGGAAUUCUAGCACCAGGGAGCCCCGGUACACGAUAUGGUCCCGCAAACAUUACUUCACCCGUGGAGAUCGGGUCUACGGAAAUGUGUACCUCGAUCAGAGUGCCGCGGGGAAAUUGCGUGUCGUGAAGGAGAUUGUCCACCCCCAUGAUUCUGGCAGCGCGGACCGGGAUAAAAGGCGCUGCACCGAGCUCGAGAUGAUGGCCAGGGUAGCUACGGUUUUGAGACCUGAUCAGAAACGCUACUUCGUCGAUUUUUUGGGCUGGUUCGAGGGCGAAGAUCGGCUUGGUCUGGUCUUGGAAUAUUGCCCUCUUGGUGAUGUUGAGCAUUGCUUUGCAGAACCGCUGCCAGAGCAGAUUGUUAGGAUAAUGACUGCGCAGAUCCUAGAAGGCCUCGCUAUUCUGCACAGGCUAGGGAUCACGCACCGUGAUAUCAAGCCGCAGAACAUCCUUGUCUUUCAGAAAGACCCAGUAUGGGUAAAGAUAGCGGACUUCGGAAUCAGCAAGCGCAACAAUGGUCAGACAGACCUCAGGAGCAAAGUCGGCACUGAAGGGUACAUGGCUCCCGAGAUUCUGCUAGAUGAGACGAAGCGAAUAUCGAAAUACUCUAAUGCCGUUGAUAUGUGGUCACUUGGGUGUCUUAUCUACUACCUUCUCUCAAAGAAAGUUCCUUUCCCGAGUUUUCUCAGGCUCAAGGAAUACUACGAGGGGUUUGGGGUAUUUCCUGAUGACGAGCUAUCACAGAGGGGAGUCGGAGAGUCAGGAAUAAGCUUUAUUCGCUGCUUGAUGGAUUCCGAGCCUGAGAAGCGGCCUGUUGCUUCUGCUCAGUUGGCGACACAAUGGAGCAUAGUCGGUCCGGAGAUUGUAGCCUUAACUCGUGAGCAGGAUCUGGUUAACGUCUCCGGAGAAAUAAGAACCGCAACCCCAGCAGAAACAGCCCACACUACAGCUAAGAUCCAGAGUAUAGUACCUGCAAGAGAAGAGGAGCCGAAUUAUUGGUCGUCCGAGCUCCUAAGAAUCACCAAAACGCCCCAUCUACCCGAGGCAGAGGAUCGGACCCGUGCGCUGCUUGAAUCCGACGCCAACCCGAACGCCAUGCGAGAUGGCUACACGCCGCUCCACCACGCCUGCGAGGCCGGCUCCCCAAAGCUCGUCCAGCUUUUAUUGCAGUAUGCAGCUGAUGUACACAUCCGGACCCAACCCCACGGCGAGACCCCGCUGCACUUGGCGACGUAUCGGGGUGAUGCGGACUCAUUUCUGAAGAUUUUGCACUUGCUUGUGCCGUGUGGGGUGGAGGUGAACGCAGUAGACAAUGUUGGGACUACGGCGCUACAUUCAGUGGUAGCCCGUGUCGGGGGUCCUGGUGCUGUAUCAGCAAUCGAGGCGCUGAUUGCACUCGGGGCCAGCACGGAGAUCAGAGGCACGGCGAGAGCGGUGACGCCGCUUCAGUAUGCAGUCGCGUUGGACCGGGAGGAGAAAGCGGCGGCUUUGAUUCGAGGGGGCGCAAAUGUCAACGUUGAGGAUAGGAGUGGGAGGAGAGUGUUGCAUGAGGCAAUUGUAUCGCGGAAAAUCUCAGCGAAGUUGGUUGAGAUGCUUAUCGAAAAGGGCGCGGAUGUCAAUGCGAAGGAUAGCCAGGGAGUGUUUCCGAUGUAUGAGGCUGUUCGAGCUGACAGACCGGAGAUCGUUCACCUAUUGGUCAAACACGAGGCUGACACUAUCCUUGGAUCCGAGAGCAUAGAAUGGAGGCUGCAGUGGAUGUUGUUCCAAAGAAAAUUGCCGUGGCCUUUGCGAAGAUGA